AUGUCGACCACCGCGUCUAACACCGGCGAGCAUGCCGAGAAGACUACCGUCGACUCGAACAUUAAUUUGGUCGCCGGACAGUCUGCGGUCGAUUCUUCGGCCACCGAGCUGAACGCUGCCGAGAUGGCUGCCACUGAGGCGAUCGUGGCCAUGGCCGUCAGUAAUACUAACAACGUUGCGAACACCAACGCCGUUGAGAACACCACCGCCGUUGAGAACACCACCGCCGUUGAGAACACCAACAACAUGGCCAAUACUACCAACAGCAUGGAUAACACCGUCAACAUGGCCAACGCUUCCAACUCUGUUCACGGCAAUACUACUGGCAAUGGCAAGACUCUCAUCCCGCCGGUUUUCCCCUCGUCGGCUUUCGCCACGUCGGUCGCCGCCGAGUUGGCCAAGCUGACCAAACCAGAGCUCAAGGCGGUCAGUGACGUGAUGGUCGACUUUGGUAUGCUCACGACCGAGAUGGUCGGAGCCGUUGGCAUUACCACUCCCGACGAGUUGACUGCCUCUGGCCUGAUCACGCCCCAGAUUGUCGCGAAUGCUAUGAUGAUUGCUGGCGUCGGUCCUUAUGCUGGUGCCGGUCCUUAUGCCGGAGAUCCCGGUACCUAUGCCGCGAAUGCGGCCACCUAUGCUGCCAAUACCAGCAAGCAAGCUGCCCCUGAGCUGCCUGCUUCUCAGCCGGCCACCGUUGUGCCUGGCCCUGCCACCGCUGGUCCUUCCACUGCUGGCCCUUCUACUGCUGGCCCUGCUAAGGCUAAGACUGGCGUCGCCAGUGGUCGCGUGACCAAGAAGAAGAGUGUCGCGACUCCUACCAAGCUCAGCGCCAAGGCCAACAGCUACAUUGACAGCGCCGUUAACAAUUCCGGUGACAGCGGCCCCUCGACCCCGACUAACACCACGCCCGGUCUUCUCAUCGGCAAGGCUUCCGGCCCCACGUGCAUCAACUGCCGCAAGAAUAAGGCCCGCUGCGACCGCAUCGUGACCUGCGCCAAGUGCGCCAAGGCCGGUGUUGACUGCGAGAUCAACAAGGGCAAGGGAAUUGACGGUUCUCAUAUGAAGCCGUCCGAUGGACCCCUCAAGCUCAAGGCGUGCGACCGCUGCAGGAGGAUGAAGUCGGCCUGUGUUCGCAAGGACAAGUGCGUCCGCUGCGACAAGAGGGGUGAGGAGUGUGUCGUUGGUUAG